UGACCGUAAUUUCCGGUUUGCGCUACUUGGAAGCGGUGCUUCGAAACUAGCGUCUGGGACAAGGUGUUUUCGUCCCUAAAUUUCUCCGAUUUGCCUGCCAGUUUGCACCACAAACAUGGCAAAGGACAACGAGGGAGAGGAGAAGAAGUACGGUGAACCAGCAAAGUUUGAUCCUGAGUUCAAAGGUCCCAUUGACAACAGGAGCUGUACAGAUAUCCUCUGCUGUCUCCUGUUCAUUGUUUUCAUUGCUGGGUUCCUGGCUGUCGGCAUCCUAGCAUGGGUGCAUGGAGAUCCCAAACUGCUGCUGUACCCUACCGACUCCCAGGGUAACCUCUGUGGCAAUGGAGCCUAUGCGAACAAACCAUUCCUGCACUUCUUCAACCUGCUGGACUGUGCAAGUUUUGCCAGUGUGCUGAAUGGCUGCCCUACACCACAGGUAUGUGUGGAGACUUGUCCCACAGAGUACUGGGCAUACGCCAUAGAGACAACCAAGAUGAACCUGGGACAGGAACCAGACUGGUCCAAAUUUAUCUGCGUAGAAGGCGUGAAUGUUGGCAGUGGGGCCGGGUUGACUGCUGCCCAAAUUGAGCAGUAUGUGAAGGAUGAAAAGUGUGCAGCCUACACUGUAUCAAGCAAGGCCUACGGUGGACGCUGCAUCCCGUCCCUGGUGGAGACUAUUGGUGAGACUCUGCUGGAUACUGGUGCUAGUGCUGGUAACGUCGCUCUGACGGACAGCUCUGGGAACAACAUCACCGCUGGGCAGAUUUCAGCUGGAACAGCGGCGUUGGCUCUGGUCCUCAGUGCACAGGAAGUUGUCCAAGAGAUAUUCACAGAUAUGGUGGCCUCAUGGUACCUCAUCCUUGGUGGACUGGGUGCCUCAAUGGUUGUCUCCUUCAUCUACAUCGUCAUCAUGCGUUGGAUUGCUGGAGUCAUGGUGUGGUUCACCAUCUUUGCUGUGAUUGUUCUGAACAUCUUUGGGAUCUACUACUGCUACACCCAGUACGUGGAACUGGAGAAUGUGCAAGGCUCAGACUUGUCCAUCUCUGAAGUGGGCUUCACCACCAACAUCAGCACCUACACAAAACUGCGCGACACAUGGCUGGGCAUUGGCAUCGCCCUGUCAGUCAUCCUGCUCAUUAUCCUGCUCAUCCUCAUCUUCCUCAGGAACCGCAUCCGCAUCGCCAUCGCACUCAUCAAGGAGUCCAGCAGGGCUGUUUCCAACAUCAUGUCCACCCUGCUGUUCCCCCUGAUUCCCUGGAUCCUGCAGCUCAUCCUGUUUGCCUACUGGGGAGCCGUGGCUCUCUUCCUGGCAUCCUCAGGUCAGGCCCAGUUUGAAGUCCAGGACUACAACACCACCAACUCCUCUACUCCCAGCAACUUGACUGGGCAGUCCUGCACUCCUUCUACUUUUGACACCAGUGCUGUCUCCAGCAGUGUCCAGUGUGCAUUUGUCAAGUAUGGAGCCACCAGCCUGUACUACCAGAACCUGUUCUACCUGCAGAUCUUCAACCUGUUUGGUCUGUUCUGGGUGAUGAACUUCAUCGUGGCGCUGGGACAGUGCACGCUGGCCGGGGCCUUCGCCUCCUACUACUGGGCCUUCACCAAGCCCAAGGACAUCCCCACCUUCCCUCUCACCGCAUCCUUUGGACGAUCCCUCAGGUACCAUCUGGGUUCUCUGGCGUUUGGUUCCUUCAUCAUCGCGGUUGUGCAGAUCAUCCGUGUCAUGCUGGAGUACAUCGAUCACAAGCUCAAGGACAGCGAGAACAGAGCAGCCAAGUUCCUCCUCAAGUGUCUGAAGUGCUGUUUCUGGUGCCUGGAAAAACUGCUGAAGUUCCUGAACAAGAAUGCCUACAUCAUGAUUGCAAUCUAUGGCAAGAACUUCUGCGUGUCGGCUAAGAAAGCCUUCUUCCUCAUCAUGAGGAACAUCCUGAGGGUGGCUGCUGUUAACAGUGUCACAGUUUUCCUUAUGUUCCUGGGCAAGCUGGUGGUCACUGGGAUUGUUGGUACGUUGUCCUUCUACUUCUUCACUGGGAGGAUCACCUUCGCAGCUGAGUACGUUCCCAACCUGAAGUACUACAUGGUGCCCAUCAUUGUUGUUGUGAUUGGUGCCUACAUGGUGGCUGCCUGUUUCUUCAGCGUGUACAACAUGGCAGUGGACACUCUCUUCCUCUGCUUCUUGGAAGACCUGGAGCGUAACGACGGCUCUCCUGAGAAGCCGUACUACAUGUCCAAGGAGCUGAUGGGCAUCCUGGGUAAGAAGAACAGGAAGGAGGGAGAGAAGGAGAAGAAGGGAUGCUGCGGGUGCUGCUAGGUACCAUGGAGGAGACACGGGGUGGUACCCAAGUAGUACUGCAGACUGUCUUCAACUCAUAUUUGGAACACAAAUCUGCUAUUGACAUUGUGAUUACAAAGAUAGGGAACUUUUCUUAUAGGAACAUGUACCACACAUUCAAAAUCUUGAACCAUGGAGGAGACAACUAGUACUGUCACCAGGAAACUUUUAUAAGAAUCAAAUCACACAUAUUUGGAACACAAAUCCACUAUUGACAUUGUGAUUACAAAGAUGGGAACUUUUCCUACAUUGUAUAUUAACAAAUCUCAUGAAUUCAAAACUUAAAUCUGGUACCAUGGAAGAGACACUGUGUGGUACACAAGUAGUACUGUAGACCAUCUGCAUAGAUUCAAACAAGUUCAACUUCUUCUAUAGGAAUCUCACAUUUGGAACACAAAUCUGCUAUCAACAUUGUGGAUUACAAGAUAGGGACUUUUUCUAUAGGAAAAUGUAUCACACAUUCAAAACUUAAAUCUACAUGAAUUUUUAAAUGCAAAGGAUUGAAAAAUUUCUGUGAUGCAAUGUUGGAAAUUCGACAUUAAACUGUGUAUCACACAAAGGAACGAGGAGUGUAAAAAUGGAAAUUAAAAUACAUGUAUGUUUUAUACAAAUAUUUCAAGAAAGUAUUACUGUCACAUAGACUGUUUUUAUACUGCAGACAAAGCAGGGACUGAAUGUCAGAAAUGUUUGCCAUACUUACUGGCAGGUAUUUUUAUUGAGAAGUUAUAGAACUUUCCUUCUUAUGAGGAGAUGUAGUGAAGUGAGGAACUUUUUUUAGAAGUCACGUAUGAUUUGUAGAUGCUAGAAACACCUCUUAGUACAUGAAGCUGUCCUCGAGUGUUUUUAAACUUAAUGCUACAAUGUAGGAUGAGGAUAUUCCCUCCUUAUGAAGUAUAUACACAAAGUUGUUUUAUUGUACAUAUUGCAAAAAUGUCCUGUGUGUAAGUUGUGAAAUGCCUUACAUGAACCGUCCUAGCUUCUGUUUUGUGACUAUAGCUUUUAAACAUUUCUACCUAGCAUUGCUUAUAUUAGCUUAUUACCAUGUUUAGGAACAUUCUUAGGCUUGAUGAAUGUUUUGGUUUUUCAGAAAUGCUACAAUAAUGUGUUAGACAUUUGUAUUCAGUAGACAUUCAGUAGAAAUUUUCAGGUUGACAAAACUGGUCCCUCGGCUUAUUACCUAAGCUCCCCUAUUUGACAAUGGUUGAACCCUAUUGAGUAUUGACAGUGGAGUGUUCCAAAUGAAGACUAGGGGUGCCAUUUGAUAAUUCAACAGAACACAGGGACUGCCACACUGUGCGGAUAGGCCAAAUAGAAAAAAAUUGACUAGAAGAUAUUCAUGUCGUGAUGUCAUGUAAUUUAGAGUUGUUGAAACAAUCACACACCAAAACUGACAGCAAAACAUUCCUAAUCAUUUCUAGAGAUGAAAAAACACCUUAAUGUUGCCUGAACAAAUAGAAUAUACAAAUGUACCUCUUGUCUAUGAGUGGGACCUUUGGUAUUAGGAUGAUGUUAGAAGCCAAUUUUGAUCUACAGGGACUAAAAGAAAACACAAGUUUUACCUUAAUGCAAUGAUCUGAAUAUCUAGUCUUUGUGCACAAGAAUGAACUUUGCUAGCUGUUGUCUGUGAAAGGGAGUGCCUUCGAGUUUUUAUGGCCAAAAUGUCUGUGAAUUUUCUACUGUUUCUUGCAAGCUGCUGCAAUACAUGCAAAAGGAGCUGUGUUGGGAUUGGAAAGAGAGAACCCUUUUUUUUCAUCUUCAGUCAAAUCAAGAUUUUUAUUCAGUCCCUUUUUAACAAUCUAUAUUUUCUGUAUGAUUCACAUGAGGAAGGAAAAUGUAGACCAAAAAGUAACUCUUAGAACCUCAGUGUUGUAUGGUCUGACUUAUAGCCCAGAACUUGCACAUUCCACCCAGUGUUUUUUGUGUUUGCAUUUGAACUGCUUUUAAUCUGGAUUGAUGUAAAUAUUGCACCAAGACUAAUCUGUCUGUUGUACAUAAUUGUGAUCUCAUUGCAUUGAGAAUUUGCCAAAACUCAUACUUACCUAGCAUUUAUUUCUCUGUUGUUUUUGUUACUUAAACUGUAAUAGAAGUUUGUAUAAGACUUGUAGGAAGGAAACAUCCUUUUUUCUGUAGUUGUAGGGUGUUGUGUGCCAAUUACAACCACCAAGAUUUACUGUUUUGUUUGAUUCAUAUUCUAUGAUUUCAAUAUACAGCUGUAAUCAGGCAUACGCAAUGAAUUAUGCCAACCCAAUUACAUCGUCAACAUCAUAACACAUAUUACAUAGACUUUCUGGACUAAUUAAAAACAGAUUUACAGGAUGACACUUUCCAAAACACAACACCCUAGUAGAGUUUUUGUUUAGGUUCUGUAGUAUUGAUGGAUUGCAAUGGACUCUGAUGAUGAUUUGAAAGAUUACCACCAUUGUAAAAUUUUUAAAUGCACAAUAAAGUUGACAGUGUA